AUAAGCCGAACUUCUUUGCUUCGAAAGGUGGUAUGAGCGCCGCUUUAACCCAUUCCCAUACCACAGCAAGCCAGAAGCCAUCCUCUGACUUCUAUCCAUAUGCACCCAUGGACAAUUCUUUACGGAUCGAGGCUCCUGGGCUCUCUCUCUCAAGCUGUUACCAACGCCGAAAGAUUCUCGGACGGCUAUCAUUCCCUCGAUCGACCCCCUCCAAGCAUCGCAGGACAUUUGAAUGGCAUUCUCUCCUGUUGUCAUGCAAUAUUUUUAUCAAAGGGCCGUAACUUCGCCGUAACCCCUCAUUUCCUCCGAAAAAGUCUUGCAGAGAUUGGCUUGCGUGAACAUGGCAUUCUGCCUUGGAUUUGGGCUUUCAUAAGCGUAUUGUCAUCAAUCUAUCAUAUCAUUAACUUCUUGGUCACCGUCGACGGCUCGCACGCUCCACUUGGCUGCUUGUGUACUAGGGCUGUUCAGCAGGCGUCUGAGCUUACUAACAGCCAUUUAAUUCUGGCCUCUUACCUAUGCCAUUCUGGUUUCCCGUUUCGUUCUCUGAUGAUUGGCUCUUUCGCCAAGACCGGUACCACGGUGAUCCUUCUGAGGCUCCGGAACCCAACUCAUAGUACAAAGAGGUCUAUAAAAGCACAUAACGAUUCGGCUGGGCUACCCUCCAUAUAGCUGGAAGACAACUUGAUAGCAGCUCAUUCUUGGCGUUGAAAUUAUGGUGCUUUGGAGGAGGGUGUAAAGAUGAUGACAUCUCCCCUUCUUUGCAAUGGUUUUCUCCAAUCAAGGAACAUGAAUAUU